AUGCAUGGUUUACAAAAUGGUUUCUCUAAUUUCGUGUGUCAUUGUGGUUUUGUGGCUGAAUUUCUGUUACUAUGUAUACUCGAUGUGAUCGUUCCUUCUUUCUCCCCUGCCUCGCCAUACGGAGGGAUAUACAAAUACGCAAAUAUCAGCAAAGGCCGGCCAUACUACACCAGAACCGACCAGCUGCUCCACCUUUACUGGACCGGGAACAGACAACACUGGAUGAUUGGGUCAAACUUCACAUUACACUUAGGAUGGAUACUAUCGCAAGACAAUGCUGUUACUCCUGAACUCGUGAAUCAAACUAGCUGGAAAUAUUGGGGAGGUGGCAUUUGGAACGCUGCUCCAAACAUCUCAGUAGUGUGUGCUGAGACUUGUACCAACAUGAACAUAAAUGCAAGAUCAAAUUGCGGAGAAUUGGGAAUCACAAAAACAUCUUGUAUUUCGAAAGGCUGUUGCUAUGACGACCAAGUAAAUGGAGUACCUUGGUGUUAUCAUAAAGUACCAUUUGUUGACUGUGGAACUGUGCCUGAAGUAGAACACAGUAGUAUAUUCCCCGCUGAUUAUGAAAGUUACUAUGGCACCAUAGUUAUAUACAGUUGCCAUAGCAACUAUGUCUUGGUUGGAAACGGCUCGGCAGUCUUGUGUGAAGCCAAUGAGGAAUGGUCACAGGCACCAUCAUGUGUUUCUGCAGUAAGUACUUCUCGAACCACUGAGGCUCAUACGGACUAUACAACGACGAAUCAGUCCACGAUGCGCACCACUGAUGAUCAUACGGACUAUACAACGACGGAUCAGUCCACGAUGCGCACCACUGAUGAUCAUACGGACUACAUAACGACGGAUCACUCCACGAUGCAAACUAUUCCAAGGCAAACAGACGAGUCGACGCAACAAACCCAAACAAUAGAUUCAACAACAACAAAAGUUGAUACAAUGUCAACUACAAGUUUACCAUUCAUAAUCAUGUUUAACACAACUGUUCCCGUUGCUGAAUUGUACGUGCGAGCGAAGCCAAUAGAAUAUGAAGCUGAGGAUGCUCAGGGGGCUAGUGCCAUUGGUUCUAUAUGGUUGUCGGUGCUUAUAAUGCUUAUCUUGAUGAUUAUCCUUCUUGACAGCCUUUCUAUUUACAGAGAUAUCAAAAGGGCAAAGCGACAUUUGAAGACCGGAUGUUGGGACGCGUUUUGUAGUUACAAUAAAUAAUUCAAAACCUCAUUUUCACAAGAGAACAGACGUACAUGUAGAUUUGGGGAGGGGAUAAUCUCUACUGAAAAACAUUGGUAUAUGUACGUGCAUUUAGAAAG